GCAGCAGCUAUCAGUCUACAGGCUUCUGUCAGUACACUCAGUAGUCUGCAGUCUGUAGUCUUUGUGGUGGAACGAAACUAAAAGCCCAUCGUUUCUGUCAAUGAGUGAAUUCAGACAGCAGACCCGUGCAGAAGUGACCGAGAGGAGCGCUUUGUUCGUGUGUGUAGUCGGUGUUCGGGGGGGUUCUCAGUGUUUCAGUCCUCCAGAGGAAAAGUGUUCAUCCCAAGGACGUUCACUACUAAAAGCUUGAGGAGCGCAAGACGGGGACAACGUGAUGAAUGCGAUCAGAGAUUAUUUCCCUCUCCUGCUUGUUUGUGUGGCGGCAGUGACGGACAAGAGCGCUGAAGCCUCUGCCUCUGAUGAUGGUCUAUCUAUCACCCCGGGUGGCACUCCAGGGAGCGGGGCCAGCAUGUACCCCACCACCCAGGACACGGGCAGGAGGCUCCCCGUUGUCACUACCGCCCCGCCUGUCAACGUCCCCAACCACCACCCACUCUACAGGAAUCCCCCCCAACGCCCUCAUGCUCAGCCAAAGUACUUUGAAGACAGCAAGUUAUCCAGCUCUCAGCCCACCUUCCCCUCCAGGCCAUCGGGGACUCCACUGGAUAACGGUGAUAAAAGGGCUUCAGACGAGAGUACUGAAACCUCCAACAUGCAAACAACCCUUGUAAUGCACGCAUUAGCAGCCACUUCUCACUCCAACACCCCUGUUCCAGUCACCAGCGUGGUUUUAAAAGAUCCAGAGCAUGCUGCCAGCCUCCCCUCUGCUGCAAGGGAGAAAGAUGUAGUGAGGUCAGAUGAGCCCAGCAGUGAUGAAGAGGAGACCACCACCAUCAUCACCACCAUGCAGAGUCCAGUUCCCUGCCAGCUGAACCUGACUGGCCCAGAGGGAUACAUAGAGGCUCCUCCACAGUCAAGCUCUGCUUUCCACUCCACUAUGGACUGCAGCUAUGUCAUCACUGUCUAUAUGGGCUAUGGAGUGGAGGUGCAGGUGAUGAACGUGAAUCUAUCAGAGGGAGACAAGGUGGUGUUUGAAGAUGUGGGCCACGGGGAGAACACCAUGCUGGCCAAUGAGUCCAUUUUGAUGAGGGGGUUGGUAAUACGGAGCCACAGCAAUCAGAUCUCUAUCCGCUUCCACAGCCAGAGGUCUCAGGUUGGAUCAUUCCUGCUCAGAUAUCAAGAUAACAGACAAGUGCCCUGCCCCGUGUGUCAGGAGUGUGCCAAAUGCACCUAUGUUCAUUUUGUACCCAGGCUCACCUGGUGCCCACGUGGCACACUUGGAUACUGGGAGGGGUUGAACAUUGGGAAGAAUGACCUAUUGACCUUUUAUGAUGGAGAUGACCUUACAGCUAAAGCACUGGGUCAGUAUGGAGGAUCAAAGUCCAGAUUUAAGCUCUACACCUCUACUGCAGACCUCACCAUCCAGUUCCAGUCUGACCCUGCCACCAACGUCUACGGCUACGGCAACGGCUUCAUAGCCCACUUCUUUGAAGUAGCUCGUAAUGACACCUGCCCUGAGCUCCCAGAGAUCUCUAAUGGCUGGAAGAGUACAUCUCACCCUGAGCUGGUUCAGGGCACCGUGGUGACCUACCAGUGUUACCCUAGUUAUCAGGUGGUGGGCGCCGAGCUGCUCAUGUGCCAAUGGGACCUCACCUGGAGCGGCGACCUACCCAGCUGUGAGAGAGUGGUGUCUUGCUCUGACCCUGGGAAGGUGGAGCACAGCAGGCGGGUGCUGUCAGGUCCCCAUUUCACCGUGGCUUCAACCAUCCAGUACAUCUGCAACAAGGGCUUCUCUCUGUCUGGAAACAGCCUGCUUACCUGCUUCAAUCGAGGGUCCUCAGGCCCCAAGUGGAACCAGAAGCUGCCUAGAUGUCUGCCUGAGAUUUUCGAGCCCUGCGGUCACCCAGGAACACCAACCUAUGGGAUCCCCAGCUCCAACAAGCUCCACUUCCAGGCGGGAGAGACCCUCCACUACUCCUGUCUGACCGCCCACCAGCUGCUGGGUGAGCCUGUUCUCCACUGUGUCCCUGGACACCCAUCCCAGUGGAGUGGGCUGCCACCUGUCUGCAAAGCUCACCCAGCGGAGCAUGAUGAGCACAGAUUAGAUGUGUCCACUGCAGACCUCAGAAUGGAGGGGGCCCAAGUAGCAUUUGCUGUCUUCAUCCCCAUCAUCCUCCUCCUCAUCUUCGUCAUUGGCAUCUACCUCUACUACUCAAAGCUUCAGAGGAAGCCACUGCAGCUCUCCCUGACCUCCAAUUUACCAUAUGAAAUCAUCCCUGGAGAACCUACCUUUGACAACUCAGUUUAUGAGACAACAAACAAUGAGGAAACAAGAGAAUACGAGGUUUCGAUCUGAAGACGCCAGAGUGUGUGUUUCAGUAUGGACAGAUAAGAAGCCUGCCGGCCUUUUGAACGUCUGUCAGACUCACACCUUUGGUGACUCCACCCCGUUCUCUGUACACUGAAUAUGAGCCUCCCUUUAUUUACCCAACAGAGGACACCACACUACCCCUGGAAAGGCUGGGCCACCGGAUUAUUUUUCUAGCUCUUCAACAGUACAGUCCAGCAGCAGCAGUGUGUACAGUUUUUAAACCUGUGCUCGCAUCCUGAGGACUUUCAGUGUAAAGUACCAUCUCAGAAAGCAGAGGGAAUCAAUGCGAAGCUUGUGCCAUUAAGUGCAUAUAACCACAGAUGUUACAUUGUGUUAUGUACAUUAUACACUAUAGGUCUCCUGUCACCAAUUAAAGAGCAAUGCUUGGAUUUA